CCAUUCGUUAAUACCUUCAAUAAAUCUAAUCCUGCGCUCUUCAGUGAUUUGGGAGACCACGAUAGACUUUUGCUGCGAUGUCUUGUCGGCCCGUUCCCACACUAUUGCCGUGCCUUGAUCUCAUUUAAAGUCGAUUUCGCCACAGAAGAACACCUCAGGCAUGUAACUAGAUUGAGCCAUCCUGAUUGGCGAAUUCUCAACGUUUAGUUACCCCAUAGUUUGGAUUCGGAAAAUGUCCCGAGAAGCUUACAAGAAUUGUAAAUAACGCUAAUGCUAGGUCGACGGAAACGAAUGCUGCUAAUGUGCCGUUGUCGCCACUGUCGAUGUCGUGAAAGAGUAUAAAUGUGCCAUUUCCAAUUUCAGGAUUAUGGAAUUGUCAAAAACUCCAUCCUGAACGACUUUCUUCGCCGGUGUUUUGACAGAAGAAACUAGGCGACAGAUCACGAUGGUUCCCAUUAGCCUCUUAUUGAGCCUAAUCUGCUCCGUUGCGGCUCUCAAUCCCAUUGCCAUUGUUUCCCAAGGCGCUGUCAGUGGCACCUCCAUUUCUGUUCCAGGAGUUGCUUUGCCUGUGUCUAAAUUUCUCGGCAUACCUUUUGCUAGACCACCUCAGCGUUUCAGUCCACCGAUCACAGCAGGAUUGUUCACAAGCAACCCAUAUAAUGCAACGCAGCUUAGGGCAUCAUGUACCCAGCAGUUCAACUGUAUGAUACACCGAUCUCUUUGUGCCCGGAAUUUUGACUGACUUUCCGUAGAUCCGGAUGCUACUCGCACUUUCACCAUGGCGCUCUUUAACAAUCCACCUCCUGCAUCGGAAAGUGAAGAUUGCUUAUAUCUCAAUGUAUAUGCUCCAUCUGGAACGACUCCUGCAUCACUACUACCCGUGAUGGUUUGGAUCUACGGUGGUGCUUUGCAAUUUGGCUCAUCAUCGUCUAUAUACUAUGAUGGUAGCAGUCUAGCUGGAAAGCAGAACGUGGUUGUUGUGAAUUUUAAUUACCGAACUAAUGGUAAUUAUAUCCUCAUAAUUUUUGGUCUACAAUCCAACGUCUGACAAAGCUCAGUUUUUGGUUUUCCAAACUCCCCCGAAUUACCGAACACAGAUCAAAAUCUAGGUCUUCUAGAUCAAAGACUAGCACUAGCUUGGAUCAAAACCAAUAUUCUUGCAUUUGGUGGUGAUCCUCUUAAGGUAACCAUAUUCGGGCAAUCUGCGGGCGCACUAUCUGUAGACGCUCUUGUCACCAGUUAUCCCAACUUUCCACCGUUCCGAGCAGCAAUUAUGCAAUCUGGACAAGACAGCAUUCGAACCCUUACGGCUAGACCAGGACUUGGCACCGUGUCUGGUCCUCAAUCCUGGAAUGCCCUCGCAUCUGGUCUCGGUUGCUCCAACACCAGUAGCGCACUUGCUUGCCUACGUGCUGUAGAUGCCCUUGCUAUAAAAUCGUACAUUGAGCAUGCAGUAUUAUCGUUCCAACCAGUUGUGGAUAACUUAACUCGCGUUUCAAACCCACAACUCAGGAGAGCGAACCAUCAAAUUGCUAAUGUGCCGGUACUUAUCGGCUCCAAUGCUCAAGAUGGCACCGCUUUCGUAUAUGGACAAAAUAACAUCACAGCAUUUUUGCAAACGCUAUUCCCAGGCAACGAAACCCUUCAAGCUGAAGUUCUUGCGGCAUAUCCUGUUGGUGACGAUGGAUUGAAUACACCUGCUGAUGUUGUGGCAAAAAUUUACACCGACAUGAUAUUUCAAUGCGUAAGUUUCCUGUUUUCCUCACCUAGUGCACUUUCGGGAUCUUUUCUCUGCAAAACAUCCAUAACUGACCCACAUGUAAUAGCCUGGCGGCAUCGUCGCCAAUUCAAGUUCCGCCGCUGGCUACCCUACCUACCGCUACUACUACAAUGCAACCUUCGCCAACACUCAACCACUCCCCGGUCUUGGCGCCUACCACUCCUCGGAAAUCCCCUUCGUUUUCGGUAAUUUACCAGCAAACUCCACUGGUGCGGAAAUAAGCUUAAGUGCCUUGAUGCAAAAAUCAUGGGCUGAUUUCGCAAAAAAUCCUCAAAUCGGUCCGGGCUGGAGUAAAAUUAAUGCCGAUGCAGGUGACAAUAAUGUUGCAGUGUUCAACGUGAAUGGACUUGGAAGUGUAAGUGCAUCUAAAUUGGAUAAACGGUGUGCUGUUUUUAGAUAUGCCUUGGGAGGCUUGUAACUUGUAAGCAGAUACAUGCAUUAGCGUUACAUAAAUCUAUCGAUUUUCAAUUGAACCCGAGCUGGGCUUUCGUUG